AUGGCACAAGAUGGAAAGGAAGUUUGCUAUGAAAGGGUGGGAUGCUUUAAAGAUGAUUUACCGUGGAUGGGGAUUUUAUCAAGACAUUUGAUGGGUUUACCCUGGUCUCCAGAGAAGAUAAACACUCGCUUUCUGCUCUAUACUAUACAUAAUCGCAAUGUCCACCAGGAGAUCAGUGCAGUUAACUAUUCAACUAUCCAUGCCUCCUAUUUUGGAACAAACAAGAUGACGCAUAUCAACAUACCUGGGUGGAAAACAGAUGGCAAAUGGCAGAGAGACAUGUGCAAUGUGUUGCUUCAAGUGGAAGAUGUGAACUGCAUUAAUUUAGACUGGAUUAACGGAUCACAGAAAUACAUCCAUGCCUUGACCAAUCUCCGUGUUGUUGGCGCUGAGGUGGCUUAUUUUAUUAAUAUUUUGGUGACAAAAUUUGGAUAUUCCCCCUCCAAAGUGCACUUGAUUGGCCACAGCUUGGGAGCGCAUCUGGCAGGGGAAGCUGGGUCACGGAUACCAGGCCUCGGGAGAAUAACUGGGUUGGACCCAGCUGGGCCAUUUUUCCACAACACUCCAAAUGAAGCCAGGUUGGACCCCUCAGAUGCCAAAUUUGUCGAUGUCAUUCAUACAAAUGCAGUUCACUUACUCUUUGAGUUUGGUGCUGGGACCAUUAAUGCCUGUGGCCACCUUGACUUUUACCCCAAUGGAGGAAAGUACAUGCCUGGAUGUGGUGACUUAGUCACACCUCUAUUUGAACUUGACUUCAAUACUUAUAAGAAAGAAGCGGCUUCUUUCUUUGAUUGUAACCAUGCCCGGAGUCAUCGCUUUUAUGCUGAAAGCAUUCUCAAUCCUGAUGCAUUUAUCGCUUAUCCUUGUAGAUCUUACGAAUUUUUUAAAGCAGGGAAGUGCUUCCAUUGUCCCAAAGAAGGUUGCCCAACGAUGGGUCACUUUGCUGAUAGAGUUCACCUCCAAAGCAUGAAGCAUAAUAGAGCAUAUUAUUUUUUAAACACAGGGACUUUUUCCCCAUUUUCCCGUUGGAGGCACAAAUUGUCUGUCAAACUCAGUGGGAACAAUGUCACUCAGGGGAGCAUAUUUCUCCGUGUAGGUGGAAUGACUCGGCAAACGGGGGAGCUGGAGAUAGCCAGUAGAAAACUUAAGCCAGGCAUGACUUAUACAAAAUUAAUUGAUGCAGACAUUAAUGUUGGAAACAUUACAAGUAUUGAGUUCAGGUGGAAGGAACAUUCACUUGGAGAUUCUCAGAAUAAGUUGGGAGCAGAAAUGGUGAUAGAUGUAUCCGGAAAAUAUGGAUUUAAAUCUACCUUCUGUAGCCAGGAUUUUGUGGGCCCUAAUAUUGCCCAGGUUCUGACAACAUGCUAA